UCAGUGUUAAUUUUACAGUGUUCAGUGAUAUAGACUCAACAGUUUGAUUCAAAAUGUAUUCAAAUGAUGACGAUGCAGACUUACCUACCCUAGAAUAUAUGAUAAAAGAUUGGACAAGCAAAUAUAGAAAUGUGAACACUAGACGUAAUGCAUUUGCUAGCGUUAUUAAAUUAGGAGCAACAAUGAGCGUUGAAUCUUCUUUCAACAGAUUUUUGAUAACUUUGAUGAACUCUGAAGGUAUGUUUCCAAAUGUCGAAGAAAGCAAAAUAUAUUUCUUAGAAUUUGCCUUGGAAGAACGCGAUUUGAACAUGGUAAAACUAAUCGAGGCGAGCGAUUUGAAAAUACACGAGGUUAGAUGCCUGGAUGGAAGAUCUGCUCUUCAUUAUUUGGCUGAGUUUAUAUAUGGGGGAAAUUAUCAUACACCUUCCCCCAAAAAUAUGACCCUAGAGGUCAUGGCAUAUUUUUUGGAGAAUCCAAGUGAAAACUUCUGCGACGAUUACGGCUACACGUAUUUACACGCGGCCUGCAUGACUGGCAACGUGGCUGCAGUGAAUCUAUUCUUGAGCCAAGGCGUGGAUGUCAAUCUCGACUCAUACAAGUAUUCCCCUUUGCAUAUAGCUGCACAGUACAGACAUCUAAACGUGAUAGAGAUUUUGUUGAGGCAUGGGGCCGAUCCAAACCAACAGGACGUGGAAAAAUCGACACCUCUUCACGCCCUCGCGAGGCUGUGCCUAUGCCGGUGCACCAAUCACUACCUCUUCUGCGACAAGAGAAAACCAGUUGAUGAAAUAGUUCAAAUACUCGUUGAACAUGGAGCGAAUAUCGAAGCUCGGAAUUGUCACGGCGAGACGCCUUUGCAGGCGGCGGCGUCGCGUUUCGAUGUUAAUCUCACCAAGGCACUUUUGGAUCAUGGCGCGAGUCUGGAUAAUCUGGACGAGGACAAGAUGUUCAGCGCCGACUUCACCUCGCUCGAGUUGAAAAACUAUCCUCUCACUCUGAACAUCAUCGAGAUGAUGCAUUUAUUGAAGUCAGUAGGCUACGAAAUAAACGUACACACAAGACUCAAGAUGAUUAAAUGUUGGAUGAGAGUUCGGGGCAACGACACAGACCAUUUGAUUGGUGAUGUGACUCUUGGCAACAAUCGAGACUUUUUUACCGGUUGCACUAUUAUGGACAGCUUAUUCAGUCUUAGUCAUAUUGGCUUUUAUAUGAAACAAGAAACGAAGGAUUUUUUGCAAUGUCAUUCCCAGAGAUUGCUCUCGACAUGCUCAAGGAUGCAGUGUAAGCCUAGAAGUGUAGAAAAUACUGCUUGUAUGUGGAAAGACGUUUCGAAAAUCAAAGACAUUAUGAUAAAAGAUGACGUUUCGCUGUAUCAAUUGUGCCAAAUGAGCUACACCGACGGUUACUCGAUAAUAAAAAAUAUCAAGAAUUGGUGCGUUCCGUCAAUGGAUGUUAUUUCGUGUACGUGGUUGAACAUGGUUGUAAAAAGGCACAUUGCAAACAUUUUAAUAAGGUUACAGUUGGAAUUGUUCGUAGCCGAUCUUUUUAUGACUGAUUAUUGCAAAUUAAAUUUACCUUAUACCGUUUGCCGAACAGUAGCUGAAAAAAUGAGUUACGAGGAAUUACUGCGUUUAUGCGAACAUACAAAAGAAUAUGUUUACCCUCACAGACAGGAUUCCUGGAAUUCAUCAUUGCUUAAAUUUUACAGAAUACUGACUAGAAGUCUAACAGGUUCCUCGACAGGGACUUGGUAUCCAAAAGAUUAUUUAUAUACAUGAUAAAUUGAUUUAAAAAAAAUUGCAGAGCUUUCUUAGUGAAG